ACCACUCAAGCUAUAAUGCUACACAAUUUUUUUGCAAACGCAUAAUUUUCACCGAAAAGCCGAAAGAAAAGUUGAAAAAAAACGUAGUAAAACACGGGAGAGAAACAGCUAAGCAGUAAGGUAGAGAAGGCAUUUGAAAAGCACUCAAAUUAAUGUCAAAGAAGGCCGAGCAUAUCGUUUUCAGCAACGUCUCGGCAUUUGUGAAAAAAAUCGCCCCUUUCGGCUAUUGAAUUUUCAACGCGUGCGGCAAAGAAAAAAAAAGAGAGUGUACAUCAUAGAACCGAAUUAUAUACUCAUUUUAGAACAACGAUGAGCGAGUUCCAGCAACAAGGCGGCAUCAAUCAAUCUCAGGCACUCGCCCAGGCAAUCCAGCGUGCCAAGCAGAUCGCGGCGAAGAUUCAGCCGAGCCAGCAGGGCGGCGCCACAGCGGGUCCAUCACCACCGUCUUCCGGUGGAGCGCCCAGCUAUAAGCGAAUGAACGACGACGACGACAGCGGUCCGGAGCGCAAACGCUCCUUAGGCAGUCCGGAGUACGGCAACCACAGUCCCAACAUGAGCAGCGGCAGUGGGGGCGGCGGCGGAGGUGGUGGUCAGGGCGGUGCCAGCAUUACCCAGGCAAUCGCCCAGGCAGCUGCGGUAGCGGCUCGUUUGGCCGCCUCGGCGGGCACAAGCUGUGAGGAGCAGAUCCGACUGCCCGAAUCGGUGGCCGGCGCCUUUAUGGGCCGCGCCACCAAUGACACCAUCACCCACAUCCAGGCGGAGUCCGGUGUGAAGGUGCAGGUUAUGCAGGAUCAAGAUCGCGUGAUCAUGCUGCGUGGCCAAAGGGAUACGGUCACCAAGGGCCGCGAAAUGAUUCAGAACAUGGCCAAUCGAGCUGGCGGUGGACAGGUGGAGGUGCUGUUGACAAUCAACAUGCCGCCACCGGGACCCAGCGGGUAUCCGCCUUACCAGGAGAUCAUGAUACCGGGCGCCAAGGUGGGCUUGGUCAUUGGCAAGGGCGGCGACACCAUUAAGCAGCUGCAGGAGAAGACCGGAGCCAAAAUGAUCAUCAUCCAGGACGGACCCAACCAGGAGCUAAUCAAGCCCCUUCGCAUUUCCGGCGAGGCGCAGAAGAUAGAGCACGCCAAGCAGAUGGUGCUCGACCUGAUUGCCCAGAAGGAUGCCCAGGCUCAGCAGCAGGGCGGCCGCGGCGGUGGUGGAGGUGGCGGCGGUCCAGGCAUGGGAUUCAAUAACUUCAACAACGGCAACGGCGGCGAGAGCGUCGAAGUCUUUGUGCCCAAAAUUGCAGUUGGUGUGGUCAUCGGCAAGGGCGGCGAUAUGAUCCGUAAAAUACAAACCGAGUGCGGCUGCAAACUGCAGUUCAUCCAGGGAAAGAACGACGAAAUGGGUGACCGCAGGUGCGUCAUUCAGGGCACUCGCCAGCAGGUCGAGGAUGCCAAACGCACCAUUGAUGGGCUAAUUGAGAACGUGAUGCAACGAAACGGCAUGAAUCGCAACGGCAAUGGAGGAGGCGGUGGUCCAGGAGGAGACUCUGGCAACUCCAACUACGGCUAUGGAUACGGCGUUAAUCACGCCCAAGGUGGACGGGAGGAAAUUACAUUCCUAGUUCCCGCUUCCAAAUGUGGAAUUGUCAUUGGUCGAGGCGGUGAGACCAUCAAGCUGAUCAACCAGCAAUCUGGAGCGCACACCGAAAUGGAUCGCAAUGCCAGCAAUCCCCCCAAUGAGAAGCUCUUCAAAUCCAAGGGCACCACCGACCAGGUGGAGGCAGCCCGCCAAAUGAUUUCCGAGAAGAUCAACAUGGAGCUUAAUGUCAUUUCCCGCAAGCCCAUCGGUGCAGGUCCCGGCGGUGGUGGCGGAAAUUCGGGCGGUGGCCAGAACAACUCGCUCCACAAUCAGCAGCAAGGCGGCUAUGGCGGCCAGAAUCAAAUGCAGGGCGGUGAUCCCAAUUCUGGAGCUGGCUAUCAACAACAGCCUUGGGGUGGACCAUACGGUCAGCAGGGUUGGGAUCCGUCCGGUCAACAGCAGCAGCAAAUGGCCAUGGCCAAUCAAGGAGCCGCUGCGGCGGGCGGAGGGGCCGGUGGCCAAGACUACUCGGCGCAGUGGAUAGAGUACUACAAACAAAUGGGAUGCCAUCGAGAGGCUGAAAUGAUUGAGCAGCAAAUGAAGGCCAAGCAGUCGGGCGGCUCCUCAGGUCCUGUCCAGCCGCAACAGCAGCAACAACAAGCCCAACAGUCCCAGCAGCCAGGAGGCGCCGGUGCCGGGGGAGCCGACUACAGUGCCCAAUGGGCGGAGUACUAUCGCAGCGUGGGCAAGAUUGAAGAAGCGGAGGCCAUCGAGAAGACGUUAAAGAACAAGCAACAGAAUGGAGCCGGUGGCCAGAGUAAUGCGCCGAAUCCCAGCCAAGGCGGUCCCAACCCCGGCCAGCAGCAGUCCAAUCCCGCUGCGGCAGCGGCUGCAGCAGCUGCUGCUGCAGCGGCGGCCGGUGGUUAUGGCCAGAGCCUGACGCCCAGUCAGUAUGCACAGUAUUCGCAGUAUUAUGCAGCUGCGGCUGCAGCUGGUGGUCAGCCUCAGGGAGCGCCUCAGCCUGGCGGUGGGCAGGGCGGCGGUCCGCCGGCCAACUAUCCUGGCAAUUAUCCGGGCGCUGGCUACGGCGGCUAUCCCGGUGCGCCGGGCCAACAGCAGCAGCAGCAAAAAUCGCACAAAAACGACAAACACUGAGGACGUUCGAUGGGAGCGGAAUCAGGGGCGGAAAGGAGGCGUAUGUGGGAGUGGAAGCGAACGCCGAAGUGGAAGAUGCUGCGGUCUGAGGACGAUGCAGGUGCCUUGAAUGGGUGAUCUAUUGUUCUACUAUGUCCUAUGUCUUUUAAUCCCCCCACAAAACUAGCAAAUCAGAAAUGAAAAGCAAAAGCAAAUGAUUUUUAAUUGCAAUAACAACAGCAAAAGCAGAAGCAAAAGCAUCACCACACAGACAACACACGGCGGAAUGGAGGCGGCGGACAUCAGGCGAGGACCCGGAUAAAUCAGCCAAUCGAUCGGAGAACGUUUAGCUUUUGCAGAAAUGUAAAUUAAUAUUAUUAACAUUGUCUAUUAUUUGGAUAUUGCCUAUAAUUUCCCCACUAGUUUGUAAGCGAUUUCCCCGAGAUCCUAAGUCUACUUUUACCUAAUAAUUAUACAUAAUCCCGACCGAAUGAAACAUAAUGCUCUUGCUGUUCAUGAUCACCACUUGCACAGACAUACAAAGAGACGCUAAUUGAAUCCGUUUUGGGUGUUUUGUUCAUUUUUUUAUACACAUCUGCAUAUAUAUAUACAUCGCAUAUAUAGGUUCUUUCACCGUCAAUUCAGGCAACCAAUCUGCAGUGGGUGUUUUAGAAUUGAAAGGCACCCUUUGUGACAAAUUCUCAAUUGCAAUAACUGAAGUACUAUAAAGUUAGCAGCGUACGCAUAUAUUUACAGCAAUAAAGAUAUCGAACGUUUUAUAUACAUGAACUCAUUUUCACGUACUUAGCUUAGCUUAGUUGUACUAAAAACCAUUUGAACUAGUUUAUGAUCGACAUUUACACAUGAUCUAUAUGUCUGCUGAUCUGGUAAGAUUUAAAAGAUUUGAUCGAACCUUUUAUUAAAUUUGAUUCAAGUGAUGAGGGCCUGGUAAAAAGGUUAUCUUCUUUAAUUGAUAUAAUAUUUUGCAUAACAAUAUUUUCAUCUUUCAGUUCUGGAGAAUCCAUGAAAUCAUUUUUGUACCACUAAGGUGAAACUGAACUGACUUUUAAAUUAUUUCCUGCUAUAUAUUUGUAUUUUUUCAAUUAUAAACCUGGUUUCAAUACACUUGCAAUAUUUACCUUUAAACGAAUGCGCAAGAUAAUCAUGCUUGUAACUUAAUAUCUAUUUCACCAAAUGCAAACAUAAAGUAUGUUAUUUUCAGAGGCCGCUCUUCAGACCAGUUAAUAGCAGAAAUACGAAAUCAAACCCCAAAACUUUUUCACACUAUAACAAACGAAAAAACAAAAACACGAUGAAAUACGAACCACAUAUAUUGUAAAAGUGUCAAACUUGGUAAGAUUGUGUGUUGUUAUUACUGUCUAUUAAAAACAUAUUGCAAUUCAAACAAUGAAACUUACCCAAUGAAUGUAGGUCUACCAUAAUUUAGUCUUAAUAUCGACAUAUAAUCUAAGUUUUACGUCUCCCCAAAUAUCUGAUUGUUGCAACAGCAGAUGAACCAUAUUGUAACCGUUGUUCGGCCACGCAGGAUCAGUUCGGGACUACCAUCCAAACCCUGAUCUCCGUCCUGCGGCCGGCAAAGCAUUGAAUAAACAUUUAAUAUACCGUAUAAUA